CUCGCCAAGGAAAAAAGUUGAUUCAUUUGAGCAGCAUUUUAUCUUCCUUUGAGAAUCCUCCUACCCUUCUCCCUCGAGCGGUUGAUAAAUUAGGCCGUUAAAAAGGAGGAGAGAGGUGGGGUUUCUCCAGCAAAUUUUGACGCGGAGAAACACCACAAGAGAUGGAAGAAGGGAGCGGAAAUGAGCAGAGCGGGGCUUCACCACCGUCAUCACCUCCGUCAGAUUCAUCUCCCCCGCCACCAUCAGAGGAAAGCUCGCCGUCACCACCGCCACCAUCACAAUCUUCACCACCACCAAAAGAGUCUUCGCCUUCACCACCCGCACCAGAAAACUCAUCGGAUAAAAGCCCUCCGCCACCGGAAAACAACAAUGAUGGUGACAAUAAUGAUAAUAACAACACUGUUCCAUCACCAUCACCACCACCACCACCACCACCACCUCCUCCACAAGGACGCAGAAAUCCCGGUCAAAACUUUAACUCACCACCACGAGCAUUAGGACCUCCUAAUGGAUCAAAUUCCAACGGCAACAACAACAGUAGCAACGAUAACGACAACUCGUUAUCAAUAUCUGCUAACAAUCGGAAUGUGGUUAUUGGAGUCGUAGUCGGUGCAGGACUAUUAAUUAUUCUAAUGAUAUUGGUUUGUGUGGUAUGCUCAAAGAAAAAGAAGAGGCGUCCAAAGCAUGAUCAUUUCCACUACUACAAUGACCCUCCCUAUCAACCUUCUAAGGUUGGAGGUGAUUACUACAAUCCUUCGCCAAAACAGCCACGAUAUGAACACCAGGGACCUACCAUGCCUUCACCUAGCGGAAACUGGGGCCAAUCGCCACAAACAGGAGGUAUGGGAAAUUGGUCCCAAUCACCACAAGUACCACCAUUGGCACCACCGCCUAUACCUGGUAGUAGCAGUGACAUGAGCUCUAAUUUCUCCGGCCCACAUGGUCCUUCUCUGCCUCCUCCGCACCCCUCUGUGGCUCUUGGCUUCAACAAAAGUACUUUCACUUAUGAUGAGCUCGCCGCUGCAACUCAAGGCUUCUCACAGGCGCAGUUAUUGGGUCAGGGCGGGUUUGGUUACGUGCACAAAGGUGUAUUGCCUAAUGGCAAAGAGAUAGCUGUCAAGAGCCUUAAGUCUGGUAGUGGCCAAGGAGAGCGCGAAUUUCAGGCCGAGGUUGAGAUCAUUAGUCGUGUCCAUCAUCGUCACCUUGUGUCUCUUGUUGGUUAUUGCAUUGCAGGGGGUCAAAGAAUGUUGGUUUAUGAAUUUCUUCCUAAUGACACUCUUGAAUUCCACCUUCAUGGAAAGGGUCGCCCUGUCAUGGAUUGGCCAACUAGGCUCAAAAUCGCCUUGGGGUCAGCUAAAGGACUUGCCUAUUUACAUGAAGAUUGUCAUCCAAAGAUUAUCCACAGGGACAUUAAAACUGCUAACAUUCUACUUGAUUAUAGUUGCGAGGCUAAGGUGGCAGAUUUUGGAUUGGCCAAGCUAUCUCAAGACAACUACACUCAUGUGUCAACUCGUGUCAUGGGAACAUUUGGCUAUUUGGCUCCUGAAUAUGCUUCAAGUGGCAAACUCACAGAAAAAUCCGAUGUGUUUUCAUAUGGUAUAAUGCUUUUGGAACUGAUAACUGGAAAGAAACCUGUUGAUCCUGAAGCUGACCUGGAAGAUAGCUUAGUGGAUUGGGCAAGACCUCUAUGUUUGCAAGCAGCUCAAGACGGCGACUAUAGUCAGUUAGUAGAUCCGCGUUUAGAGAACAAAUUUGAUCCUCAUGAGAUGGCACGCAUGGUCGCAUGUGCUGCCGCAUCCAUUAGGCAUUCUGCGAGGCGACGACCAAAAAUGAGCCAGAUUGUUCGAGCACUUGAAGGCGAUGUCUCCCUGGACGAUCUGAAUGAAGGAGUUAAACCUGGACAAAGUGCUUACUUUGGCUCGAGUGCUGGCAGUUCAGAUUAUGAUGCAAGCACAUACAGUGCAGACAUGAGAAAGUUUAGAAAGCUUGCAUUAGAAAGCCGUGAAUAUCCAAGCAGUGAAUUUGGGGCCACCAGUGAGUAUGGACUUAAUCCCUCCAGCUCUAGCAGUGAACAUGGAGUUGGUAGUCGAAGAAUCAGUCCUUAAAAACUCAUUUCUCAUCAGAAAAAACAAAAAAAAACUGACUAGAACUGCUGGCUAACAUGUCAGAGCAGGUUUAAAUGAACAAGAAAAGCAUGUCAUUGCUUGGCUAAUAUGCAAACUUCAUGUAUGUUAUGUAGUUGUGGCAAGCAAACUGAUGUCUCUAAAGCAAACCAUAUGUUGAAUGAAUGAACAGACAGUAACAUCUCUUUUCC